AUGGCUUCAGUGACCAACAGUAAGACUAAGAAUCCAAUUUGGAAAUAUUUUGAGAUAUGCAAAGACAAUCCUAAGUUAGCAUUGUGUUUGUUAUGUAAAACAAAUAUCUCGCGUGGCGGAGAAGGAAAAAAAGCAAAAAAACCUUCAACAAGUGGAAAUGAGAAAACUGGUGCUCUCACGACUAGUGCACCUAUUGAUCCAUCAAAAGUCGAAGUACCAGGUCCAUCGCCAACCACAAAACAAAAACAAUUAACUCUAAGAGAAACAACUGAAAGAAAAUUGUUAUGGGACAUAAAUGAUUCUAGAUCGAAAACAUAUCAUUACUUAAUAGGAGAAAUGAUUGCUAUUGAUAAUGAACCGUUUGCUGUGGUUGAGAGAGUUGGUUUUAAAAGACUUAUGGAAAAAGCAGUGCCACAAUAUAAAAUGCCGAGUCGCACUUAUAUGACCGAGAAUGUCAUCCCAGACAUUUACGACCGAAUUCAUACUAAAAUUAAAUCCAGUAUCUUACAAGCCGCUGCGAUAUCGGUGACAUCUGACAUGUGGACAAAUCAACAUAAUUACGGUAGCUUCCUAAGUUUCACUGCACAUUGGUUGUCUCCAGAUCUUAAUCUUGAACAUGGUGUACUGGCGAUAAAGCCAUUUUCCGGGCCACACACAGGUGAAAACAUCGCAAAAGAGCUCAAUGCUAUUGCUGAGGUAUGGGAUAUUCCUAAAAAGAAGAUACAUUUAGUCGUCCAUGACAGUGGAGCCAAUAUGAUCAAAGGCGUACGAGCUGCACAAUACGAUUCUGCCAAAUGUUUUAUUCAUUCGCUACAACGAUCUGUUGAGGAAUCUAUAAAAUCGCAAGAAGAAGUAUGUGAGAUGGUAGCUGCCGCAAGACGGAUUGUCACCCACUUUAACCACUCUGGUACAGCUCAACAAAAACUGAAAUCCAUACGUCAAGAACUUAACUUGCCAGACCAUCAACUAUUGCAAGAUAUAAUCACACGAUGGAAUUCGACUUAUUACUUGAUGGUGCGUUUACUGGAACAGAAAAGAGCUGUGUCCUUGUACAUAACAGAUCACGAGAAGUUGAACAAUUUGACACCAUCUCAGUGGGAGCUAAUGGAACAAUGCGUUAGACUUCUCAAACCGUUCGAAGAGAUAACGAAAAUAACUAGUUCUGGUCUGUCUUGCGUAUCUGAAGUGAUACCACAUGUCGCCAUAUUACUCAAAUACCUAGAAAAGCCAGAAACUGCAGCAAAGACAUCAGACUUAUUUAUGAUGCGAUCCACACUGAAAACUAAGCUUGAAAAGCGGUUUGAUUUUGAUGAGAACGACAAGUAUUUGGUCGCCACUUUUCUUGACCCGAGGUUCAAAUGUAGUUUCCUGGGAACUGUUCAGGCAGAGAGAGCCAGACAUAAAAUUCUUUUGGACGAAUUAAAGUUCAGUUGUGAUGAGUCUAGUAGCAAUGAUGACUUCGCGCCACCUAAUAAGAGACGAAACACUGAACAGGGUGCAAGUGGAACUACGCUAGAGGAAAUCCAUGACGAUUUCUGGGAAUGCUACGAUGAAGUCGCUGCUGCCAAUUUGCCAAAUGAGGGGAUGGCAAAAAGUGAUAUCGCUAGCGAAAUAGACUUUUAUUUGAAGUGCACUCGUCUCGAUCGCAGGGCAGACCCUUACAAGUGGUGGUCUGCGAACUCCAAACAGUAUCCCAAGCUAACAAAAUUUGUUAAAGUGUACAUGUCGUCACCAUGCAGUAGUGUGUACAGUGAGAGACUAUUUUCAGAGGCAGGUCUUGUGUACGAAGAAAAACGUAAUCGACUUUUACCAGCGAAUGCAGAAAAACUGGUGUUUAUUCACCACAAUCUGCCUUUGAUUAAUUUUAAAUAUUAAGUAAAACUUCUUGUACCUUUUUUCGUAAUAAAUAUAUGCUUUCUGACUGAAAUCAUGUCUUUAUUUUAAUAUUUUUUGGUAUUCGGCAUUUGGCCGGCCUACUAUACUGAUCACUAUUCGGCCGAAUACCUAAUACCUAAAAAGUGGCCGAAUAGGCCGAAUACCGAAUAGUUGGCCAAAUAUUCGCUGCAUCUCUACUUUAAACGCGUUUUUCUCGAAACUAUAUAUUUGAAAAUGUUUACUUAACCGAUUUACUUGAAGUUUGGUGUUUCAACAUCAACAUUACCUAACGUUAACCACCCAGAAUUGGAAGUAGAAGAAAAUAUUUUAGUUGUUUCUCUCGAAUACAGACUAUGCUUUGAAUGUUAUGAGGUAGUGCAACGAGUAUCUGAAGAUGGUUCUGCACAUGUAUCCGUGUUUGGUCAUAGAAGUGUCUGUUUUGCAUGUGGAAUAUCAAUUCUUCGGGCUCGCACUCAUCUGGUUAAUCUAGAAUGCCCAGAAAGGAAUAUUAUAAUACGAUGGAUAUUUCCUCAUCCGAGCAGGCCGUCCCGCUCGCUACCCUACCGCCAGUUAGAGUCACCCUAUGCCCCUUCAGGGAAACCGCUUUCCCUCUUGGAAAGCCUUAAAGACGCCACCCCGCCUCAAGGGGAAGGGCGCAAGAAUGUAAAGGUGUCCCCGACACCAUACAUGCAUACAUACACACUUACAAACGACAUAAACGAACACCAACAUCUUCCGACACCUACAUCCAUGUCCACACUCGUGCCAGCAUUACUCUCCCUGAGCCCGAACACUGGCUCCCCUCCACCGGUGGGACUGGAGAACAUCACCGAGCAAGAAAGACAGGAGAUGGAAUUCGUUCACCAGUGCAAGGAACCAUGUCCCACCGCAGUUAGAUUAAGGGAAAUCAUACAGAAUGCGGACGAAUCUCUCCUAAAGGAAGAUAAAAUUGAAUUAAAAUUAAUCCAAGAACUAUUGCACUGCAUAGAAACUCAACACAGAAAUAUCAGCAACAGUAUCAUCGCUCAUCAUAGAUUCACCCGAUCAGUCGUCAACUUAGUAGAUACACUGAAAAAACAAAGAGAAAAGAUCCCUAACAACACAGAGGAGUCACCAAAAAGGCGGGAGCACCCGGAAUGCGAUGAGGGAAAAAUCCAGGAGGAAGGGAACGUGCUCGAUCACAUGUGCGACGAGUACGGCAACACCCUUCUCAUCCUUCACUCCCAAUCGCCGGCACAUACUCAAACAUACGACAGCUCUCUAACAGUACUCAAACCCCCGGUAGUCUCGUAA